CUCUAAGCCUGUCUUCCUGCGGCCGCCGCCCUGUAAGGAUAUGUUGGUGCUGGAGCAAAUAUACCCGGAAGUUGCCUGAAGUUGGUGAGGCAGGCGGCAGUGCAGAAAGCAGAGAGGAGCCGUGUGUACAUUCCAACAGCACAAAGUUCUACAUAAUCAUGUUCCUUAUAAACCAAUACAUGGGAGGUGGUGGAGGUAGAUUUGGAGGCGGAGGUGGUCUUAUAGGAGGAAUUUUAAGUUCCAUCGGUGAAGCUGCUGCAAACUACAAUCCACAGCCCCCGCCUCCACGGAGUCAUUCCUCUGUUAUACAAGCAAAUGAAUCUGAAGAGGUCAGACAGUUCCGACGUCUGUUUAAUCAACUUGCAGGAGAUGACAUGGAAGUCAGUGCCACAGAGCUAAUGGGAAUCCUUAACAAAGUUGUAGCAAGACAUCAGGAUCUGAAGACUGAUGGAUUUAGUGUCGACUCAUGUCGCAGUAUGGUGGCUGUGAUGGAUAGUGACAGCACAGGGAAGCUUGGGUUUGAAGAAUUCAAAUACUUAUGGGACAACGUAAAAAAAUGGCAGGGUGUAUAUAAGAGAUAUGACACUGAUCGUUCUGGUACUAUUGGAAGAAAUGAGCUCGCUGGAGCAUUUACUGCAGCAGGGUUUCAGUUAAAUGGCCAACUUUAUGACAUGAUUAUCCGUCGUUAUUCUGAUGAGAAAGGAGACAUGGAUUUUGAUAAUUAUAUCUGCUGUUUAGUACGACUUGAUGCCAUGUUCCGUGCUUUUAAAACUUUGGAUAAAGAUGGCGAUGGCCAGAUUAAAGUUACAAUACAGGAGUGGCUGCAACUGACUAUGUAUUCAUGAGAUGUCACUUGUGUGGUCUUGAACUUAUGGAGCCCUAAAGUUACUUUUCUCACCAACUAAAAUACUGUUUGCUGUAUACAAAGCGUGUUUUAUAAGUGAUUAUAUAUAAACCUAUCCUACGUAUUGUAAUGGAAAGAGACUUCUACCAAGUUACAGAAUUUUGAAUUGAAGCACCAGACAUGUAACAGCUUGUAUGUGUGCAUGUGUAUGCAAAUGUACGGAUGAAAGAUUUUUAUACUCUGUAUGCAUACAUCUACAAAUUUGGUGUCAAUAAAUAAACAUAAUUUGUUAUUUUCUCUAUGAAAACUUUGUGUUAAGGUUUACCUUUCUCCCAGUUCUUUGUAAUGCAAAAUGGAUGAAAUUAAAAGCUCUAAACAGAAA